AUGGUGCGCUGCGUCCGGCCUAUUUGUAAGCCCCGUAAGGAGUGGAUACGCUUCGGCGACUUCUGCAGUUUAGACAACGCUCAAAUUUAAUCGGUGUCUCCGGGACGAAAAGCUAAAAAUGGUGGCGGCCGAAAUGAGACCUCCUGAAGAGACGUCCGUUGAACUGAAGCCUCCUGAAGAAAAAGCUGUUGAAGUGAAGGCCGCUGAAGUGAAGGUUACUGAAGUGAAGGCAGCUGAAGUGAAGUCCGUUGAUUUGAAGGCUGCUGAAGGGAAGGCUCCUGGAGAGAAGACUGCUGAACCAGCUGAAUCGAAGGCUGCUGAAGUGAAGCCAGCUGAAUCGAAGGCUGCUGAAGUGAAGGCUCCCGAAGCGAAGUCGGUUGGACCGAAGGCUGCCGAAGUAAAGUCGGCUGGAGCGAGGGCUGCUGAAGCGAAGUCUGCUGAAGUGAAGUCAACUGAGAAAGAGAAGAAAGAGAACGCGAAGGAUGAACAACCGAAAGAGGCACAAGAUAAUAAGCAAAGCAAUGUCUUAGAGAAAGUAACGCCCGAUUUUGAGGCACUGUUUCGACGUAGAAAGUCAGUUAGGAGGAAGAAGUCCUCCAAUAGAUCCAAGGGUCAGGUGCAGGUCAGAGUAAGACACACGCGAUCCAAGUGCAGAACCUCACCAUCGUCAAAGGACGGAAGGAAAUUGCCCAAGUCCCCCGCCGGGAAAUCACCAACUGCCAACGAGACUCAAAUCGGAAAAGAUGAUGCUGAUGAUGAAGAGUUGAUGGGUUUGUGA